GCAACAUUUUGGUAAAUGAGAAUCAUCUGUUUUGUCAGGAAAAAAUGGCGGAUUUUGAUGCAAUAUAUGAAGAUCAAGAAGAAAAUUUUAUAUUAGAUGCCCCUACAAUAUCAUUAAUACCAGAUCCAGUUACAGUGAGAGGAGCAGGAAAUAUUACAGUAUUUGGACUCUCCAACAGGUUCGAUAUAGAUUUCCCCAGUCAAUUACACGCUAGGGUUGCACCAGAGGAAUAUAAAGCAACUGUAACACGAGUAAAUGUGACUCUUAGAAAAACUCUUCCUGUAAAUGUUCGUUGGUUGUUCUGUGGUUGUUUAUGUUGCUGUUGUACUCUGGGCUGUAGCAUGUGGCCGGUCAUAUGUCUCAGUAAACGAACGCGGCAUCAGCUAGAGAAACAGUUAGAUUGGGAGAACAGUCAUCUUUAUUCUAAACUUGGAUUAAGAUGGAGGCUUGCCAGACAACGAUGUGAUACUAGUCUCAUGAUGGAAUAUGUUCUUCUGGUUGAGUUCAUUCCCCGACAGAACCUGUUUAUACCAGAUUAAACUAUCCGUUUAGAU